UAAAACCCACCCUAAACACGGAAGAAAGGUUCACAACAUAAAAUGGAACUGUAAUUUUUGAACGUUCCACAGACUGAGGAGACAUUCAGACUAUUAACGUCGUGGGACUGGGCAUUCGAUAAACAUUUUACCCGGAAUAGUGUGUCGAUUGUUUGCAACAUCAACCUGGUAUAGAUUUAACGCAAAUCAUGGGUUUUGACACGAAACAAGUGCAGGUGAAGCUGACCGCUGGUCGCACCGUUCGCAUCCCCGUAGUUGCGGCGAUGACGACCCAACAGUUAUGCGAGAAGGUGGCGGAAGAGGAGAAAGCUCCCGCUGAUGUCAUUACUCUCAAAUUCGGUGGUAAGGUCUUGAAGAGGAGCAAGACGAUGUAUGAUUAUCUUGUCAGGGAAGAGAUGGAACUAAAAGUGAAGCUUUUGGCAAAAGAAACUCUGAACAUCAACCUGCAUCUUCCUGGUAAGGACAAAGAAGUCGUCUCAGUGAAGAUCAACAAUACAUCAUGUCACUCAGAAAUUAAAACAAAGCUGGGAGAAGCAAAAUCACAUCUUGCUGGGAAAUACACAACCUUUCAUAUUGGCAACAUGGAGCUGAAGAUGACAGACUAUGCCUAUGAAGACUGUCUGAAGGACGAAGAGAAUAUCAUUGUUAAAUUCCCUAAUGAUAAUCAGGGAACAGAGGAAGAAGAAAUGCAGGAAGAUGAGAGACAGGAAGUCCUGAACAGCUUUGCAUCGAGUAUGUCCUCACGACGGAAAGUGGAUAUUGUGUUUUCCUUUGACACUACAGGAAGCAUGUAUUCUCUUUUAUCAACGGUCCGAGAGAAAUUGCGAGAGUCUGUUACCCGUCUCAUGUCAGACAUACCAAACAUUCAGAUCGGCCUGAUGGCUCACGGAGACUACUGUGACGAGCACUCAUAUGUCAUCAGAAAACAUGACAUCUCAGCAGAUAUGGCUGAUCUGGUCCAGUUUGUACAAGCUACUGAGGGCAGCGGAGGCGAAGGACCAUUUGCUUGCUAUGAAUGGGUUCUGAGACAUGCCAAUGGUUUAUCGUGGAGAGAAGAUGCUGCGAAGGCUUUGGUCAUCAUCGGGGAUGUCGUGCCACAUCCUCCCUCAUAUACAGACAUCAAUAUCAACUGGCGGGAUGAGCUGCAAGAGCUGUGUGACAAGGACAUCAAGGUGUAUGGUGUUCAAGCGAUGGAUAAUAGGCCAGCCAACUCUUUCUAUGGUCACAUGGCACAGAAAUCAGGUGGUGCUCACAUCAAAUUCCAGCAUUUCUCAUUAAUUACAGACAUGUUCCUUGCAGUGUGCUACAGAGAAUCCGGUGAUGACCAACUGAAGGCCUACGUCGACGAGGUCGAGAAAGAAGGGAGAAUGACGGAAGAAAUGAAGGAUGUCAUGAAGCAGCUGGAGAAGAAACCAGAGGAAGAGGAGAAGAAGGAUGAGGAGGAGAAGGAAGAGGAGGGAGAGGAGGGAGAGGAGAAGGAGAAAGAAGGAGGAGCAUCGGCAGAUGCAGCGGGAGAUGCCGAGGUUGCAGCACCAGCUCCAGAGCGCCAACAGGAAGUGGAAUAUGUUUCGGAGCCAUGGUGGGACCUGACCUUAGACACGGCAACAAUGCCCAAAUUCACAUAUAACAAUGUCAAUGACUUUUGGUCAAGAUGUGGCCAACCAGCAGCUGCCAACAACUUCGAUCGAAGAGCAACAAGAAAGAGUUCAAGGAGAAAGACCCUAAAGAAGGCCUGUUCAGUGAUGUGAAAUGGAGAAUGGUAUACUUAAAUCAAGUUCAUUUCAUCAUUAAAAAAAAAGAAUUCAAUGCAACACUAUAAGCUCUGUUUUGUGUUAGCGGACAAUUGUUGAGGUAAAGACACCAAUGACUUUCAUGCUUUUGUAUCAGCAAAGAUAACCCUAGGAGGAAGACAUU